CAUCACCUAUCACCUUCCAGGUAGUUAGGUGGCUCCUGCUACCGCCCACCCGCCAGCCAGCCAUGCCACCAUCGUCGCGAAUUACCUUGUGCUCGACUGUCGACUCGUCAUAGGGGGGGAGGCUUCCUUAGUCGAGGAUUCGUUCACAAUUACUAUGCAUACCUACUUCCCGGGUGGUGGAUGUCGAUGUAUGUACAAUACCUACCAUACUAUACUUCUGCACCUACCUAUUCGUCGACGACGCUGAAUCAUAAUCUUCCGGAAAGAAAGUAAAGGCAAACAAACAAACAAACGACAACCGAGAAUGUUGAGUGCGAUCGCGGAGACUCUAACGGGCGUGGGCGUGGGAAUAGGUGCGGCGGACAGAGCUGCUGAGGGUGGAACUCAUACGACUACGGAUACGGCUACGACUGCGGCAAACGAUGGCCCUGAAGAUAGGUCGGCGACCCCAAGACCGCUGCGUAGAGCGGAAGGUACAGAUGAAGCGACACAGACGUGUGAAGCGUGCACUUGCAGCGCCGCCGCCGGCGUCGUUGACGACAGAGGCCGAUCCAGCACCGGGGUUUCAGCAAAGCCUCGCAAGUCUUCCGCCGAAGCCCACUACCUCCACCGCGAAGAACUGCGAAACCUCCCCGGCUACCCAAUCUCCGGCCUGGUCAACCCCGAGUCCGCAGGCGCAACGGCCGCACUCCUCGCGUACGCCUCGGCGAAGCCCGUAGCGAUAUGGCAUCCGAACCCGAACUCCACAGCCGGAGCCGCGGCAUCGCUCGCGCACGCGAACCGGGAGUCCGGUGGCUCGCGGCCUUCUCCCAAGGCCGAGCCCGUCACCUCCGACGGGUCGACGCCGAACUGGCCGCUGCGCGGGGCACUGGGGGCGAUCCGGGGCGGGCGGCGACGAGCCGAAUCCUCGCCCGCUGUGUGCAGCGGUAUCGGCGGGGAUGUGCUCGGCGCCGCGACUGUUGCGCAUACCCAUGCUGCAACGGGAAGACGCCGCGACUCCGGGUUCGGAACGACGUCCGACGGCGAGAUCACCGCUGCGGAAAAACUCAAGGCCGAUAUCCGCAACGCCGCGGUGCUAUCCAUGGCUAAUGAGCGGCUGAAGCGCGAGGAGCUGGCGGAUACGCCGCCGCCGCUGCCGCCGUCCAGCAGUCGCCCCGUGCGCCGAGCGCCAUACCCCAAUCUUGAGGAAGCGGCGCGGCGCCAGGCGGAGCAGCGGCUCGCAAACAUCGGCUACGUUCCUCGGACUCCCGGCCGGAGCGCAUCCCUCAGCUCGGCCAGUAGAGUGAUGGUGCGAGACCGCGACCGGAACCGGAAUCGGAAUCAAGUUCCGGUUUCGGAUCAGGAUGUCGAGCGCGCGGAAAAACAGAAGCGCGGUCACGAUGCGUUGCUGCUCAUGACCGCUGCAAAGAAGAAUGUGCAGGCGCGUCUGUCACUGCAGGACCGGCAGAUCGCGGAACGGAAGGGGAUCGUGUGCAGCGAUGAGUGGGCUUCGCGGGCGACGGAGAUCGCGCAGCGCAGAUUGGAGCAGCCGAGGCGGCCGCCUGGACAGGUGGAUAUCGGAGGAGGCGCGUAUAUGGACAAGGAGGAGCUGGAGAGGAUUGCGGAGAGGAAUGUUCGCCCCGUCAUCGAGGAUUUAAAUGAAAGGGCCGGUGAACAUCGCCAGUUGAAGCAGGAGAAGAAGGAGGCGAAGGCGCAGGAUAGAGCGAGGAAGAUGAGUCGGGUCAAAGACACGAAGAUCUUUGGCGGUGGUAAACACCGGCAUGGCGAUGAAAAUACCAUUUCAGAAGUUAGAAGGACGGAUACCACCCACCGUGCGUCAUUGGAGCACAGCCAGAGAGGAGACACGACAGUCAUACCAGACCGUACAGUAGGAGCGCUUCCCAUGCCUCCAGUCCCCGAGAAAAUAUCUACAUUCAACAAGGUCCGUGCUCGGAUCCUUCGCAAGACUCGCGGCGGCAAACCAACAAACACGGCCAGUUCGGACUCUGAAUAUGCCCGCCCGUUCUUAGCACCUGCAUCAAAUGUCGCAGCUACCGACAACCGUCGGGAUCUCACCACAGCUGGUAUAAACCAGACCGCAGAUCGUACAAGCAUCAUCACCGUCGAUUCGGAACCUGACCGGCCACUGACAGCACCAGCGGCGGUGUCUCAGUCCGCAAAACCACUAGGGACUCCGGUAACCGCCCCAAACCGCGAGUACAUAUCCGCCUUCCCAACCGCCACAACCGCCUCCGCCAUACCGGCACCAGAAACCGAGGAGGAACGGCGUCCAGCGACACCUCCCCAGAGUCCCCGUACCGUGAAAGAGCCCGCCAACGAAUCAUGGGUUGCACGUUUGUUUAGCAAACGUAGCAGUGCGAAUCCGAACCCGGAGCCGGCAACUGAGCCACUCGAGCCCAAUGUUCCGAGCCCAGAGCCAGUCCCAGCCCCGAAACAUACGCAGGGGCACAAACAUCGCGCCAGCAUCGGGAGCGUCUUUUUUGAUCGCAUCCGUCCAAGUAGGGGCGCAGAGCACGCUGAACGGCCAGUACUGGAAGAGAGGGAGACGGAGGGAUUCGUUGUCGACCGCAGUAAUGCCACGGGUCCUACUCAGGUACCGGCUGCGACGGCGACUACAAUGGCUACGGCAGAUGUUCCAAACCGUACCGAAACGAUGGAGACAGCAAUCGCCCCAACUCCCACAGUAACGAUGGAGACAGCAACAACUACCCCGACUCAUACAGCAACGCCGGAGACAGCAACCGCCCCAACUCGUACCACGACAGAGACAGCAAUGAUUUCGGACGACGACGCCGACUCGCACGAAGUCUACGCGGACGCGCCCACCACGCCCGCCGCCUCGAUGCAUUCCGAGAUCAUCGCGCAGACCGUCACUGAUACGAUCAUCACAAAGGAAACGGUCGCGGUACCUAUCGGCUCAAACGCCGACAUGGAGGCGCCGGCAACGCCAGUGUUCAAGUCAACGACGAUGGAAACUUCGUCGUCCGUUAGGGACGCUGAGGGGAAUACGCUAAGUGAGGUUAGGAAUACUCCUGUGGUCCUGAAUGUAGAGAAUUCGAGGGAGAUGAGGGGGAUUUGGGAGGUGGAGGGUGAGGCCAGUGGGAUGAGGGAGAGUCGGUUUCGCGAGGAGCUGUGAGCUCGGGCGUGUAAAUGAGAGCUAUCGGAUGAUUCCUGUGUGAUUACGUGUGGAUGUGUUUAUAUUUUGAUUGUGUUGUUGUCUCGUGCUUUGAUGAACAAUGUACAAAAUGUAGUAAUAUAGAGUCAAUAUAAAAGCAGUAAUAUAGAGUCAAUA